AUGGUCAGCACUCAGGCGCCUUUCUUCUUCCCCAUGGCCCAGUUCAUCCUCUUUGUCUUUGUGGCUUCCACCAUAUUUCACCUUCAGCAGCGACUGGCGAAGAUUCAGCCCACGUGGAUGUUGCACACACAGGGGUCAGGGCCCACCACGCAGGGGUCCACACACAGCCAGCUCCAGGGUAUGUGGACCAUCAACUCCCAGGGCCGCCUGGGGAACCAGAUGGGCGAGUACGCCACGCUAUAUGCCCUGGCCAAGAUGAACGGGCGGCCCGCCUUCAUCCCCCCCGAGAUGCACAACACCCUGGCUCCCAUCUUCAAAAUCACCCUCCCGGUCCUGCACAGAGCGACGGCCAGCAGGAUCCCCUGGCAGGACUACCACCUGAACGACUGGAUGGAGGAGCGCUACCGCCGUAUCCCCGGGGAGUUCGUGCGCCUCACGGGCUACCCCUGCUCCUGGACCUUCUACCACCACCUGCGCCACGAGAUCCUCCGGGAGUUCACCCUGCACGACCAUGUGCGCGAGGAGGCUCAGGCCUUCCUGCGGGGCCUGCAGGUGAACGGGAGCCGGCCGGGCACCUUCGUGGGGGUCCACGUGCGCCGGGGGGACUAUGUCCACGUCAUGCCACGGGUGUGGAAGGGCGUGGUGGCCGACCCGGGCUACCUACAGCAGGCUCUGGACUGGUUUCGGGCUCGCUACAGCUCCCCCAUCUUCGUGGUCACCAGCAACGGCAUGGCCUGGUGUCAGGAGAACAUGGAUGCCUCCCGGGGAGACGUGGUAUUUGCUGGCAAUGGCUUGGAGGGCUCGCCCGCCAAGGACUUUGCACUCCUCACGCAGUGUAACCACACCAUCAUGACCAUUGGAACGUUCGGGAUCUGGGCUGCCUACCUCGCGGGUGGAGACACUGUCUACCUGGCCAACUACACCCUUCCAGACUCUCCGUUCCUCAAGAUCUUUAAGCCAGAGGCAGCCUUCCUGCCAGAGUGGACAGGGAUCGCCGCAGACCUGUCCCCCUUACUUAAGCACUAA